AUGUUGCCUGUUAUUGAUCUGGAGCGUUUGCCCGGCGCCCCGCGUCCUUGUCCCUGUCCCCCGCCGACAAGUGCCGCCGCCGGCGGUAGAAACUCCCCCUCGACUGUCCGGUCUGAAAUUACUGGGGUGAACGCUUUAGUCUGGCACGAUUACAGCCUUCCUCUUCUCUUUCUCUCCUUCUCUCCCGGUCCCUUGCGUUGGAAGAAAGCGAAGUUUAAUUGGGAUCCUGAAACGGUCGGCAUGAUCCACGGCUCUUUCUUCUGGGGAUACAUAAUCACCCAAAUCCCCGGCGGGUAUAUCUCGUCCCGGCUGGCAGCGAACAGAGUAUUUGGUGCUGCUAUACUGCUGACAUCCUCCCUCAACAUGUUAAUACCGUCUGCAGCCAGGGUGCACUAUGGGUGUGUCAUCUUUGUUAGGAUCUUGCAGGGCCUUGUAGAGGGGGUCACCUACCCUGCCUGCCACGGCAUUUGGAGCAAGUGGGCCCCCCCAUUAGAAAGAAGUAGGUUAGCAACCACUUCCUUUUGUGGUUCCUAUGCAGGAGCUGUUAUUGCAAUGCCUUUAGCUGGAAUUCUAGUGCAAUAUACUGGGUGGUCUUCUGUGUUCUAUGUGUAUGGGAGCUUUGGUAUAGUCUGGUACAUGUUUUGGCUUUUGGUUUCAUACGAAAGUCCUGCAAAGCAUCCUACGAUCACAGAUGAAGAAAGGAGGUACAUAGAAGAAAGCAUUGGAGAGAGCGCCAACCUCCUAGGUGCAAUGGAAAAAUACAAAACUCCAUGGAGAAAAUUUUUUACAUCUAUGCCAGUCUAUGCAAUAAUUGUUGCAAACUUCUGUAGAAGCUGGACUUUUUACUUGCUGCUUAUUAGUCAGCCUGCUUACUUUGAGGAAGUGUUUGGAUUUGAAAUAAGCAAGGUGGGUAUCUUAUCUGCUGUGCCGCAUUUAGUGAUGACAAUUAUUGUUCCUAUUGGGGGACAAAUUGCAGACUUUUUAAGAAGCAGGCAGAUUCUUUCAACCACUACUGUGAGAAAGAUAAUGAACUGUGGAGGUUUUGGUAUGGAAGCAACUCUUCUUCUCGUGGUGGGAUAUUCUCACAGUAAAGGAGUGGCUAUUUCAUUCCUAGUGCUUGCUGUAGGCUUUAGUGGAUUUGCCAUAUCUGGAUUCAAUGUCAACCAUUUAGAUAUUGCCCCAAGGUAUGCCAGCAUCUUAAUGGGGAUUUCUAAUGGAGUCGGGACCUUGUCUGGAAUGGUUUGCCCUAUAAUUGUUGGAGCAAUGACAAAGAACAAGACACGUGAAGAGUGGCAGUAUGUCUUCCUCAUUGCUGCUUUAGUUCAUUACGGAGGUGUUAUCUUCUAUGGCAUAUUUGCUUCGGGAGAGAAACAACCCUGGGCAGACCCUGAACAGACAAGUGAAGAGAAAUGUGGUUUUAUUCAUGAAGAUGAACUUGCUGAAGAGACAGGGGACAUUACUCAGAAUUAUGUAAAUUAUGGUACCACCAAGUCUUACGGUGCUACAACCCAGGUCAACGGUGGCUGGCCUAAUGGUUGGGAGAAAAAAGAGGAAUUUGUACAAGAGGAAGUACAAGACUCAUACAACUACAAGGAAGGAGAUUAUUCAUAACAAACCUAAAUAUUGGGUAUAUUUUGUAGUGUUUGUGAUUAAAUUCAUUGUGAUUGUUUGCACACAGAAAUAAAAUGUGGUAUAAACAUUUAAACACAUAUCAAACAAGAAGGUCUUACUGUAAAAAAUAAUACAUCAAAGUGCAAUCUGUAUGAGUUGUGACAUGUCAUCACUUUCAUUAGGUUAUAUUUGUUCUAUAAACAUUAGAGUUUUAAGGGUUUACUGGUCAAAACUAUAGAGGCAAUUAGAUACUUACAGUAUACAAGAGCUAAAACUCAUUACUAAGGAUUAAAGCACAACUAAGCAACCAAGUUGGCACAUCUAAUGCUCUUUUUAGAAAGCCAAAAUUACUUGAUCAUUAAAAAUGCACUUAUAUAUUUGUUACACUGUAUUGAAAGAGAUUGUGUUGAUUACACACGUUUACUCAGUGCAAUGUAGGAAUUGUGUGUUUAGUCUAAGAUGAGCUUUCUCAGAGAAGAAAGGUUGAGUCCUAGGCAUUUACAGCGGAUUGAUCCAGUUCCUUUAAUGGUAAUUGUAUCAAGCCUAGAGAAUGAAUAGGGCAUAUUGUAUGUUUAUUGUGAUUACAUGCUGCAGGAUACUCUGUGAUGAAUAAAGGAAUUAUUUAGGAGUUUUAUACUGAAUGUUUGGGCACAAAUUCUUAUUUCUAUUCUUUACAGAAUCUUAUAAAAUUAUAGGCAUUGUCAUGUUCUUCCCUUCAUUUAUCAACUAAUAUAAAAACAUUAUAUAAUGUUAAGUCUGACUUUUCAUGCAGACUGUCAAAUCCCUUUUUCAAAAACCAAGCUUUAUUAUUCUAUUCUUUGCAGUAUAUUCCAACUUUGUACUGGUGUCUUUACAGAGAGAAAAAAACAAUAUAACCUAGAAAAAGAUAUAGUCUUUUACAAAAUUCCAAAGAGAAAUUUGCUAUGAGCAAGUAGCCCUAUGAAAAAGGAUGUAUUUGUUUUGCAGAAUAUUUUGAAGCCAAUAGAAGAAACAGAGAAUAAUUUAACCCUUAUUCUUCCCUUAAUAGCUAUCAUAUUUUUACACAUCAUGCCACAGUUCUAUACAUAGAUAUAAGUUUAUUGAAGAUACUGUAAUUAUAGAAAAUGUUGCUAUUUUAGAAAUCCCUGAAAUAAAAA